CAGUAUUGGACCAACCUGUGACAGUUUCUGAUUUUCAUAUUCGCAUAAUCAGAUUAUCUUCAAGAACCCAAUUCUCUGUGUUGUAUAUUCACAACCACAAAACAGAGACAAAAUCUGUCAUUUUUGGUUAACGAAGCAAAGAGAUUGGGAUGACAACAGUAGCCUCCGGCUUCGUCUUUUCCUCGCCGGCGUUGCUUCCGGCGAAACCUCGACGGUCAUAUCCCAAUAAUCGAAACCGAUCAGCUUCUCUUCCCAUGGUUUCAGCAUCGGUAACCCAAAUCGAACCAGACACAACAACAACAACGACAAGAAUCUAUUCAAGUAUUGUCUCAUCAAAACCGGUUUCAGAGGUUUUACAUAACAUCUCUCUAGCAGAUCUGGAUCCAGGAACCGCUAAGCUUGCGAUUGGUAUCUUAGGUCCUGCGUUUUCAGCUUUUGGGUUUCUUUUUAUCUUGAGGAUUGUUAUGUCUUGGUACCCAAAACUUCCUGUUGAGAAGUUCCCUUACGUUUUGGCUUACGCUCCGACCGAACCGAUCCUUGUCCAGACGAGGAAAGUGAUUCCACCACUUGCUGGUGUCGAUGUGACUCCAGUGGUUUGGUUCGGGCUUGUGAGUUUCCUUAGUGAGAUUUUGGUUGGUCCUCAGGGACUUCUUGUUCUUGUUUCUCAACAAACAAGUUAGCUAGAUAUGUGAAUGAUACGAGAUCACCUUCUUUAAAGAUCCACUUUUUGUUCACUCUUUUGGUCUCUUAUGAUAAUCUCUCUCUCUCUUAUGA